AUGCAGGAAUACCUGACCCCUCUCUCCCUUUUCAUCAUCCUUUAUUCCUUCCCCGGGACCGGCGGGCAGAGUCCAUGUCCCGAUCCCGAGGCCAUCAUUCCCUGCGUUUGCUCCCACAAUGAAACUCUCGCCACUGUGACCGUGGAUUGUUCGGAGGCGACCUCGAGAUGGAAUCCCAUUUCGAAGUUUCAACCUGGAUUCUUCAGCUCCAUGGAGAACUUGCAACAUUUUAGUGCUUUUUAUUGUUCCCUUGGACCAACAUUGACGAAAGGAUCUUUGGAGUUCCGGGGUUCCUCGGUAUAUUAUAUUGACAUACAAGGCAACUCCAUCUCGAAUGUGGAGUUUGAUGCAAUCACAGGUUUCAAAGAAUCCGCGUGGAUAGAUCUAAGUGAAAAUGAAAUCUCAGUAUUGAGAGAGGAACCUUUCCGCCCUAUUCUGGAGAAGAUUCGGGAAAUCGAUCUCAAUGAUAAUCCUGUGGUGUGUGAUUGCACCAUGGCCUGGAUCGUGCUGAAUCCUGAAUUGCUGGCAAAAGUGAAGGGAUCCUGCACCGAUGGAACCGACUUUCAAGACUUGGACCCGAUCGACUUUCAGAACUGCCUCGACAGAUUUCCAUGA